GUUUUGGUGAAAUUGCGCGCCGCGACGCGUUUGCCUUUUCGAUCUCUUCGUAUUUGCUGCUUUUCUAGACUUUUCCCCACUUUAAUUCAAUAUCUAAAUUAGUGAAAUAAGCGGAAUAGUCCUGAUAAUUUUUAUGAGUGUUUGUUUUAUCAUAAAAACAAUAUGUGAUGAUAUUGUAAUAUCAUACCAGUGUAAUUCAUAUUGAUACUUCAUCCAUGGUGUUAGUGCUAUUUCCAUAACUCACAGCUCUAUUCUUUUAUAAGAAAAAUGCAUCGACGUGGGGGGAAACGCAUCCGCAUGGAUGACCCUCCUCCAGAGUAUGUGAAUCCUAUGACUCCCGCUACUCCAAUGACAGAUUAUGGCGGGCAAUCAGUACAUGAACCUGAUGCAUCCAACGUUAACUACUCUGGUUUCAAUGCUGGUGCAGCUGUAAAUUCAACCACAGUAGACGCUCCUCGUGAGGAACAUGACGAUCAUGAAGAAGACGCCAGAUCACCAUCUCCAGCGCCAACUAAACGUAUUACACGUAGUCGAGGUCGUGGUGGUGAUGGAGGCUAUGUAGGGCGGUUAGCCGAGUCGCCACCUCCUCCGCCGAUUCGCCCUCGCCGUGGUCGAGGUGGCCGAGGCAGGGGCAGAGGUCGAGGUGCCCCACCGCCGCCAGCAUAUUCUCCACCGCCUGUAUUGUUGCCUGGUGAUGAUGAAAACAGCCUGUACAAUUUGUUGAGGUUUAAUAAGACAGCUAUUAAUCAAGUUGUUGAUAUGUGGAUAGAAGAGUACAAGAACAGUAAGGAGAGCGCUCUGGUGCAGCUGAUGCAGUUCUUCAUCAACUCGUCAGGGUGUCGCGGCAAGGUCACUCCAGAUAUGGCACAAAUGGACCAUACACUUAUCAUCAAGAAGAUGACACAGGAGUUUGAUGAGGAAAGUGGAGAGUACCCCCUCAUAAUGUCAGGACAGACAUGGAAGAAGUUCCGUGCAAACUUCUGCGAGUUCAUUCAGACUCUUGUGAAGAUGUGCCAGUAUAGUAUUAUCUACGAUCAGUAUCUCAUGGACAAUAUCAUAUCUCUUCUCACUGGACUGUCUGAUUCACAAGUCAGAGCAUUCAGACACACAGCCACGUUAGCAGUGAUGAAGCUAAUGACAGCACUCGUAGACGUUGCCCUCCUGACAAGCGUGAACUGCGACAACUGUCUACGUCAGUAUGAAGCUGAGAGGUUAAAAGCUCGUGACAAGCGAGCUAGUGACCGGCUCGAGGUGCUUGUGGCUAAGCGACAGGAGUUGGAGGAAAAUAUGGAGGAGAUCAAGAAUAUGCUUUCAUAUAUGUUUAAGUCGGUGUUUGUACACAGAUACAGGGACACACUACCAGAUAUUCGGGCAAUAACAAUGUCAGAGAUAGGCAUAUGGAUGGAGAAGUUUCCUGCACAUUUCUUAGAUGAUCUUUAUCUCAAGUACAUUGGUUGGACACUUCAUGAUAAGGUUGGUGACGUCCGUCUACGUUGUCUGCAAGCUCUACACCCACUUUACGAGUGUGAAGAAUUGAAAAGCAAAUUGGAACUUUUCACAUCUAAAUUCAAAGACCGCAUCGUGUCUAUGACAUUGGAUAAGGAGAGUGAGGUUGCCGUGCAUGCCGUCAAGCUGGUUAUUGCUAUAUUGAAGAUGCACCCCGACGUGCUGACGGACAAGGACUGCGAGAACGUGUACGAGCUGGUGUACUCGUCGUGGCGCAACGUGGCGGCGGCGGCGGGCGAGUUCCUCAACUGGCGGCUGUUCCGCACCGAGCCGCCCGUGCCGCCCGCGCGCUCGCGCCGCGGCAAGCAGCGCCUGCCCAACACCUCGCUCGUGCGCGACCUCGUGCAGUUCUUCAUCGAGUCCGAGCUGCAUGAGCACGGCGCGUACCUGGUGGACUCGCUGAUCGAGUCGAACCCGAUGAUGAAGGACUGGGAGUGCAUGUCGGACCUGCUGCUGGAGGAGGCCGGGCCCGGCGAGGAGGCGCUGGACAACCGGCAGGAGUCCUCGCUCAUCGAGCUGAUGGUGUGCUGCGUGCGCCAGGCCUCCACCGGCGAGCCGCCCGUGGGCCGCGGGCCCGUGCGCCGCCACCAUCACAUGCUGUCCAAGGAGCAGGCCAAGCAAGUGAGCGACGACCGCACAAAAAUGACCGCCCACUUCAUGGUGUCCCUCCCGGCGCUACUCGACAAGUUCAGUGCUGACCCGGAAAAACUGACCAACCUGCUCUCCAUUCCGCAAUACUUCGACCUCGAGUUGUACACCACCCAGCGGCAGGAGGGCAACCUGACGCUGCUGCUGAACAAGAUCCGCGACAUCGUGUCGGCGCACACGGAAGCGGAGGUGAUCGAGACGUGCGGGCGGACGCUGGAGGUGCUGUGCAGCGAGCAGUGCGCCGUGUACACGCGCUGCAACGUGGCGCGGGCCACCGUCACCGACAUGUGCGUCAAUAGAUACAAGGAGGCGAUCGAUGACUACCGCAGUCUUAUUGAAGGGGGUGAAACCCCAGAUGCCGAUGAGGUGUUCAACGUGGUGAACUCCCUGCGCAAGGUGUCCAUAAUGUACAUGUGCCACAACCUGAAUGACACUAACAUUUGGGACUCGCUUUUCGAAGAUCUACCUAAGUGCCUUAAGCAGAAUGAGUCGCAAAUGCCCACACAGGUAAAGUGCUUCCGUUCGUCUGCCAAGACUUCAAUUGAGAAGAAUUCCAGAGAUGACCUAGGACGCAACAACAGAAACGGUGCGAAAGGCACUGGCAAUGCGUAG